GAAGCUUGAAUGCUUGUUGUAAUCACUUUUCUUGCAAAGAGUGCUUGGUUUUCUUUGAAAGUAACUUUGCCGUCACCAUUACCUUUUAUUUACAUGUGUUUUGUAAUUUGGCUAAUAUCAAAUAUAUACUAGUAAUCUGUGGCUAAUAUUAUGAAUAAAGCCUGGCUUAAUAGUGAUGAUGUGAUAAUAUUUUAUCAUUUUUAUUAUUAGCAAGCUACUAGAAUAACCAAAACAAAAUGAACGACGGAGAUUGGAUAUGUAGCGAUGCAAAUUGUGGUAAUAUAAAUUUCGCUCGGCGAACUUCGUGCUAUCGUUGCAAUAAAGAGCGUCCUAAUCAGAAACCUUUCAAGAAGAAACUGGGUACCGAGAUCGGGAAAUCAGCGGCAGAAAAAUCUCGCGGCCUUUUCAACGCCGAUGAUUGGCAAUGCAAUAAGUGUGCUAAUGUCAAUUGGGCCCGGCGACAAACUUGCAAUGUAUGCAAUGCACCAAAGUUUGGCGAGGUCGAGGCGCGUACCGGCUAUGGAGGCGGGUACAAUGAACGUGGUGUAGUGGAGUACAGGAGACGAGAACCUUCCUCUGACGACGAAUAUGAUGAAUUUGGCAGGAGAAGGCGCAAACGAAAAUCGGACUCCCAAGAUAAGGUUGGCAUCACUGAAGGACCAGUUAACAAAAAGUUGCCACCGACAAUGCUGUCCAAGGAAGCAAAGGAUCCCGUAAUGCCAGUGUCCGCCACAAACCUUCCCUUUUACAGAAGUAAAGAUCCUGAAAAAGUAAGCGGCAGCCUCAGUGAUGGCUCAGUCUGUGAACUGCCCCCAUUGUCAAAAAUGGCAUUUAGAAGACAUCAAAUACAAAACCAGAUUGGCUAUCAUAAGCAAGAUUAUAUGCUUCCAAAUUAUAAGACAAAUGGUCUGCAAAGGAAAAGAUUUAUCAGCACAGGCGAUAAGGAUCCGGCUGGUUCUUCUGGUUAUGAGACAGGCUCAAAAAAUAGUAAUCAUAUAUCUCCAUCUUUUAAACAUCCUGUAAUGGAAAACAGAGUGUCUUCUACCAACAAUGACUUUGUUUAUAAAUUUACUGGCUCCACUCCUGCGGAAACUUUUGAAGUAACUUAUAGCAUUGAAGAAAGAGUAAAAGCUGCAGCUUUUGCUAUUGUAUACAACAACUGCAAGAUUAGCACGGAAAAGUUUGAAUCCAUGUUUGAUAAACCGGCUCCAGAUUUCAAAACAAUAUUUGCUUGGAGGCAGCGUUUGCUACUUACCGGUUGUUUAGUUGAUUCACAUCUAGAAACCCAAAAAACUAUUGCUGAUGUCAAAUGUCCAACACCAACAGUUGAUAAAAGUGUUAAUGUCAAACCAAAAAUACCUCAAAAACUUUUAAAUCCAGAUGAAAUAAUUAUUCCGUCUGAUAGUGAUGAUGAUGAUGAUGAUGUUAAUGUCAGUAUUAAAAGUAAUAAUCAAAAUCCAUCUGCAUUACGUCAGAAAAGUGCUAGUGUUGAGACUCUCCUUCUCGGAGGAGGAGAAAAUGAACCAGAGCAAGCAGGUGCAUCUACAAGUACAAUUGAUGAAAGACAAAGAAAUAGAUCCACUUCCCGUGACAGUCGGGACUCAAAUUAUUCUGAUUCAGAUGAUGAACAGGAUAGUAAUGUUAAAGCUAACAUACCUAAAAAAAUUCAAAUAAACUUCAAUAGUGCAAGACAAUCAACGCAAGAUUCAGACUCGGAGUCUCUGUCUUACGAUAGUGCCGAAGUGGACUUCAGAUCUCGAAAAUUUGGAGAUAUCGGUAAAGGAAAAAGGAAAUAUAAAAGAAGAAUUACAAGUGCAAAGCCUAAAGACUAUGUUCCAAAUAUUACAUAUCCUGGAUAUAAUACUUUGAAACCUGCUGAAAAGUCUCCCCUUGUUACCGGUAAUAUUUACACUUCAAACUUACACAACAUGAAUGUCAGAAAUGAUCAAAGAAACAAUGUCACAAUGGCAGCUUUUGAUACAGAUGGUUGUUCAAGUGAAUAUGUGCCGACAAAGCUUGGUUCAAUAGCUAAUAAUAAUUAUCAGGACUUUAAAAACAAUGUUAAGAAGAAAGGAUUUUGGGCAAAGGGAAAUGGAAGUUCUUUCAAUAAGAACAAACAACUACCUAACUCUGAAAAACCAGUAGAAUUAACUCUUCAUAAAGUGGUUCAACAGGCUUCUGCCCCAGUUCCUACCAAUGUGUACAGUGCUGAGCAAAAGGGCUACAUGUCGGUACAAGCUCCUAAAAAAGACGUGGACUUUACAAAAGACGAUCUCGAUAAUUUUGUGGGUAUGGACUCUUACGUAUCUUUUGACAAGGGCAUGCAAAGUUUAUAUGAUAAAAAUCAAAAAUUAUUUGGUAAUGAUCAAAGCUCAGACACAAGAAAAACUGUUGACACUUCUUUGAUUGACAAUUCAUCUCGAAUUUUUGAUGUUGUUCAGUCGUCUGAUAAAGGCAUCCAAAGUUUAUUUGAUAAAAAUCUAAGUUUAUUUGAUAAUAAUCAAAGUUUAUUUGAUAAUAAUCAAAGAUCAGAGACAAGAAAACCUGUUGACACUUCUUUAAUUGAGAAUUCAUCUCGAAUUUUUGAUGUCGUUCAGUCGUCUGAUAAAGGCAUCCAAAGUUUAUUUGAUAAAAAUCAAAGUUUAUUUGAUAAUGAUCAAAGCUCAGAGGCAACAAAAACUGUUGACACUUCUUUAAUUGAGAAUUCAUCUCGAAUUUUUGAUGUCGUUCAGUCGAGCACUACUUCAAAGAAUAGAAGUAUAAUGGAUAUUUUUGACACUACCGGUGAUGUCCAGAAAAGUCCAGAAACCUAUGAUGAAGAAAAAGCAUACGAAAGUAUUAAGAAAACCCAAAUGGAAUGGGAUGAUGAUGACGACGCUCUCUAUAAUACUUCGGAUUCAGUUGUAGCAGUGCCAGCUGAAAAGGAAAAUGCGUCUCAAAAUACCACGGCGGUUAAACAACCGAGUCAGAGUCCUAGUGAUUUACUUUACCAAAAUAGUGAUUCCCAAAAGUCAGAGAAUGGUGAGCUAAGCUCAGAGUUUUUGAGAGAAAAACAAAACGACUUGUUUGGUUUAUUAAAAGAUCUCGAUAAUAGUAGUGAUAAUAAUCAGUUUAUAAAUUCUUCUACGCCCUUAAUUAGUAAACUACAAAACAUUCCAUUUAAUGAAUAUGCAGCUAGUAACAAAGCCCCUAAUAUGCUAGAUAGUAAAAAUAAAUUAUUAGCAACAAGAAAACAAGUCCCUCCUAAAGAAGAAUAUAACGAGAUACAAAAAAUAUCAGAAGAAAUCGAAAGUAUUAAAACCUGUGAUAUUCCUAUGCCUAAAGAUAAAGAUGUUAGCCCCUCAAAGAAGGUCCGUGUUUUGGAAACUAUUAUUAUAAAACCAGAUAAUAAAAGACAUAAAAAUGUAAAAAGGCAAAUACAUGUUGAGCAAACAGAACAAAAUAUAAGUCCCCCAGUGCAGGACAUUACUGAUAUCUCAAAUACUGUUCAAAACAAUCCAGAUGAAAACAAUCAACAGCAGAAGCCAGCAGUGGAGCUUCCACAACUUGACUUAUCCAGUUUAUUAUCGGGCAUAAAUGCUAACACUCUUUUUCUCGCUUUACAAAACUUGCAAAAGUUGAAUCAACCCCAGGCAAACUCAAAAAACGACUCACAUCAAGCGGGGACUGAAAAUCAGCAAAGUACCAAUACUGGAGUUGAAACAAUAAAUUUAACUAACGACGAAGACUGGGAGAAGGAAUCUAAUCCGGACGAUAAUAUGGAAAAGCAAAUCCAGAAGAUGGACGGUAACACUGGUGACACGCCGUUUCUAAGUGACAUUUUCGAUCCCGGUCCAGUCGUACUACCGACGAGUUUGUCCAACAAGUUAAACCUAAAUCUAAAAAGCGACGAAAAGGGUGCAAAUAACUUAAACGAAAAUGCACCAGUGAUAGGCAAUUUCAAAAGUUUCGCUCUACCGAAGCCGAUUAUGUUGAAUAGACUUAAGUUGACAAUGAAACAGCCUGAUAAGCCCAGCAAAGACGAGGGAAGGAAAAGACGUAGAAAGACCAAGCCGUCAGCCUCUCAGGAUGGUGCGGAGGGGGCUGAGGAUGAGGAGGAGGAGUCAGGAGACGAGGCAGACCUGUCCAAGUACGACCUGUGGGGCAGCGACGAGGAACAGGGCAACUCCUCCAAACAAGAUGGUGAAGAAAAAUCAAAAGGUGAUGAAAACUCCGAAGCACAGGCGGAGCAAAGCGAAAAGAAUGGAAAAUCAACAGAUACGAAAAACAAAAAAAGCAGGUCCAGAAGCUCAUCGUCGUCGUCGAGUUCUUCGUCCAGCUCCAGCUCUAGUCACAGCUCGCACGACUCGCCCAAAAACAAAUUUGAUGACUUCAAUUUGAACAGCGAGCGCGAGUCGCCGCAAGGGUCGCCGCACAAGUCGCGCGACCUGUCGCCGCGGUCGCCGCACAAGUCACGCGACCGGUCGCCACGGUCGCCGCGCUCGCGCUCCAACAGCGCCCCGUCGCGCCGCAAGUCGCGCGACAGUCGCUCCGCCGGAGAGACCAGAACUCACGAGUCGAGUCGCGACAAAGAGAGGUCGCGCGACCGUGACCGCCGCGACAAGUCGCGCGGGUCGCGAGACGAACGCAAGGAGAGGCGGUACAGCCGCGAGGGCUCCGGGAACCACUACGGCGUGAAGGGCCGACAUCGCUAAUUAUAUUAACUAUCUGUAAUAUAAAACUUGAUAGACAUCGUAGCUGGAGAUUGGGAGGAUAGUCUCAAAUACUCAAGCUUAGGGUCAUCUCAGACAGCAACGCGACGCGUAGAUGCAUUUCUAAAUGUGUAUGGAUUUGACAGACUUGCAUGACGUCUCGCGUAAUUGAAGGCUGUCAAUUCAAUACAGAAAUGCAAAUGACCCUUAUUUUUUGCUGUCAGCGGCAACGAUUCGUUGACAGGAUGGCUAGAGUUACUAGUUACUACCAAACACCUGUAUAGCUGUUUGCGGCAAAUCGUGUAUGAUACACCCACUGGCGUAUAUUUGGGAACGAAUCAUUCGGCAUUGAUUUAUGGUAUCAUGAGCACUGGUACAUUGCUUGGUUAUAUUUCGGAACACACCCUUUAAUAAGAAGAACGCCUGUCACCGUUCUCAAGACAGAUUCACCUCCUAGUCUCUAGCCUAAAUAAAACACAAUAUUAUAGUAGUAUAAACAUUAAUGUUUUAACAUACAAUAGUAGUAAUACCACUCUAUUAUGAGCUUUGUAAACGGAGGAAGCAUUAUCAUUUAGGACAGCCAUCUAGCAUGUGACCGCAUAAUAUAAGUGCAAUGUAAGCUAGAUUUAAUUAAAGAAAGUGGUUCAUAAAAAAUGUAUGAAUCAAUGGCUGCGCGUCCGCAACAGUUGCGGCCAAUCAGAAAGCAGUCAGUGGUGCAGCAUUGUGGCGUUUUUUUAACAAAUACAAUUAUAAAAAUAAAUUGAUGCAUAUAAUGUAAAAUUAAUUCUACUGAUAUCUUUUCAAAUGGACAGCAUUGAGAGACUCUCCUUAUUUUUCGUCGUCGAAUGCGGUUUAUUGAUAUUGGUGGACUCUUAUAGUUUUUUUUUAUUUUGACUAAAAAUAAAGCAUAGGUCCUGUUUAUAUCAUAAAGUUAAUAUACCUAGCGAAAUAGAUAAACAAAGGCCUGA